AUGUUCGUGCAAUCGACGUUCCUGGCUCUUCUGAUAGCCUGUUUUGCAUCCUCUACCAUCGCGCAAAAUUCCUCCUUCCUGUUCCAUGGAGCGACCAUCAUAGCCUUCAACGAGAGCUCAAAUAAAAUCUCCGUGCUGCGCAAUUCAUCUCUCCUGGUUCGAAACGAUCGUGUGGCAGGGUUGUUCGAAAACAGUGUGCCCUCUGAUCUGCCCAAAUCAACGGAAUAUGUUGAUGUAACCGGGAAGAUUAUCAGCCCAGGAUUCAUCAACACACAUCACCAUCUUUGGCAAACAGCAUUCAAGACUCUCGCCUCAAACACCACUCUUGCUGAGUAUGUGCAAAGGUACGGCGAGUUUAGUCCCGCAGGAAAUACAUUUGAGCCCAAUGACAUUUACCUGGGCCAGCUAGCCGGCUCAUUGGAAUUGCUCCACGCCGGUACCACAACAGUCCUGGACCACGCCCACGGCGACUUCUCCAAUGACGCCUUGGAUGCUGCUUUGAAUGCCACACUGGAUAGCGGCAUCCGCACCUUUUUCGCCCCGGCCAUCCAUGACCUCAGCCUCAUCAAUGGCUACUCCAUCGAGGAUCAAAAAGCCAAACUACUCUCGCUUGUCAACGAUACGCGUCUGCAAAACAACGACGUUGUUUCCCUGGGACUCGCGUAUGAUAGGUUCGCUCAGGCGUCUGAGGAGGAGGUUCGCUCCUUUUGGGGACUAGUUCGAUCUCAGAACCUAUCGGUCGUGACUGCGCACUAUGCGAAUGGGCCGUGGGGCAUCGAUAAUUCACCCCAGUUGCUAGAGCGCUAUGGAGCCCUGAAUACCUCUACGCCAGUCGUCUUAUCCCACGCAGGCUUCAUCAGCACCAUCGACAUGCAGCUCCUCCGCGAAACAAAGCAGUACAUCUCGACCACGCCGGAAUCUGAAUUUCAUUACGGCCAUUUACAUACCCAAGUGAGGCAUAUCCAAGAUCAAGCAAGUCUCGGUGUAGAUACACAUUUCACCUUUUCGGGUGAUAUGGUUGGUCAAGCACGCCUAUGGCUCCAGGCACUCCGCGCAGACAGCUUUAGAUUGACACUCGAGGAAGAUCUAGAAAUCCCGUACACCAAUCCGAUGUCUGUAGAGCAGGCGUUUCUCCUGAUUACACGAAACGGCGCACUUGCUCUACGGCGGCCUGACAUAGGCAUCAUCGCGGUGGGGGCGAAAGCGGACCUCGUGGUCUUUGAUGGGUCAUCCCCCAAUCUGCUUGGCUGGGAUGAUCCUAUCGCCGCAGUCAUCUUGCACUCAAACGUCGGCGACAUCUCGGACGUUGUUGUCAAUGGCAAGUUUGCAAAACGGGACGGCAAGCUCGCAUAUUCCGGUUAUGCCGCCGUCAGGCAAGAAUUCUUGCGAAGUGCAAAGAAGAUCCAGAAUGCAUGGAAGAAGAUGGAAUUCGGAUCACUGGAGAGCAACCCACUGGGAUUCGGCAUUGCUCCGUACGCGCAACCAAGACAGAUUGAUGUUCAGGCUGGACCGGGGACAGGCUACUGA